GUUUUCGAUUACGAACCGAGGGACAAUUGGGGAGAAUUUAUUGCACUGCGUUUCUCAUAUUCGCCAAGACAUUUCACGUUGCCACUCGGCUAAACCAAUUAAUAAACUGCAAAACAAUUGGGCAAAUGUGUCCCACGAUAGUGAACAAUCGGUUUUAUUUUUAUACCGCGUCUGAUAAAACUUGAAUUCUGAAGAUAAGAAAGAAUUUUUGAAGAUAACGAGUUUGACUCGUUGACUGAUUAACAACCCCUUAAUUGUGAAUGUUAUUCCGUUCACUCAAAUUGGAAUAAAACUCUGUUCCCGUGUCACGAAUAUUUAAGUAUUGAAAUAAAUCUAGCUACAAACUUUCUACGAUCUUCGAAGAAACGAUCGCGAUCGAAACAGUUCCAAUCAUCGUGACACAUCAAGGAAAUGGUGCGUCGAGUCUCUUUAACGGGUUAAAAGUGAAACGAGAAUAGUUGCGCGACCGUAUCCAAGGCUCUCGUUGUUGUCCGCGCGGAUACCUGUACAAUUUGGCAAUUUCGUCGGUAUCUACGGAGACAUGUGGGUGCCCCCAUACGAUAAACAGCAGACCAGGAAGCGCUAUAUAUCGCGCACGACUCGCGCGACUGCACUCACGUCCCGCGGAAAUUCCGUGGAGCUUCGGUGAACGCGUUUCUCUCAGAAUCCGCCGAGUGUUUUCAAGAGGACAAGCUCGUCGCGAUGCCGUUCACGUUGUUUUCCUUGCUCGUCCUGAUGGCUGCCGGGGUGUCAUCGAAACCUGUGGAUCCGCCCAUCGACGGCCACGCCGACGUGAUCGACGACGGGACCUACCCGAUUGGAAAAAAUGAGGAUCGGGACGCUUUGUCCGCCACCACCACCGUCACCACCGAUUCCAUCGCCGAGAACGCAAACGGAUCGAGCACGUCGAAGCCGAGCCUGCUCACCUGGUUCCUGGCUCCGCUCUCCCAGAACUUGCAGUUCUCGCCGCAGUCGUUCCUGCGAGACCGCGUGGUCCAGUUGAAGGAGACUCUGGAGAACCUGAGGGGACCGCAAGUGGAGCGUGGGCCCGAUCGUGGGAAGCAGCUCGGGACUGGAAGCGGUUUGCUGCAGGUCGCGGGCGCGAACGACGGAUUUUACACGAACCGACUGGAACCUGUCGGCUUUUUCGGAGGCAACGGCUGGCUGGCGAACAAGGGUGGCAUCGUGGGUGGUCCGGGUGCCAUUCUUUCGACCGGCAGCAUCCUCACGGACUAUCCUUCGCCCUACAGGAGGAAGUAGAAACACGGAGUUCGGUGUGCGAAGCGAGCGUCGUCGGCGAAGAGAUACACCGAUGACUCUCAGAAAUGUUCGGAAGUCGAAACUGAAACCGGCAGA